GUGUGUCACAUGUAAAACACCGUUCUGUUAAAAUCGUGUGCUGAACUUCUCAAAUUGCUCACACUGGGACUUCCGUUACUGCCUCAGGACUACAAAUUACAGGCAGUUUCACCAGAUUCCAAUGACUCAAUACAGAGCAGAACAGAGAGAGGACUGACGGGUACUCGGGCCUUAAAGACCGUUACAAAUCCUCCUGGCAAGGUAAGCAUCCUCGUUAACCCAGGCAGAUAUUGCGAGGACCUAUGGAGCAGAUAAAAAUGAUAUCAGUAUAUACACAGGACAUCCCGGUGUAGGGAAUUAUCCAGAGGCACUGUGUUUACUCUGGCCCCAUUACUGGUGCUGUUGAAUAUAAAAAAAUAGGAAUCCUUCUCUGUCAAGAGACGGGUACCACGCCACCAUGACAGCGGUUAAUUUUAGAGUGAAGGGAAUGGCCUGCUUUUUGGCUAUGGGUAGGGAAGGGGUAAAUAGUCUACGUAUAUUGAACAAAGAACAGAACUAUGCAAGAUGUAAACAUCUGUCGGUUAGAUCCAGGUAUAACUUUAGCUCUGCAUUAGAUUAGUUUAUGCAACACGUCUGUAUUGCACGCAGCAGAUCAUGGACAGGAUAUUGUUUUAGAGAUUACAUAUCAGGAGAUAAUCUGACGUGUGAUUGCACUAAAACAAUAAAGACUAAAUAUGGCACUGCAACUGUUGUUAAACUGCAUUCCUCAUGAAGCUCAGCCAACUCUCCAGCAAUUUGUCACUCUCCGGCUGUUGAGGCUACAAGUAUUAACAAGUGACUGGCCAAAAUUGGUAGACGGACUGUAGGGCUACAAAUCUGUUUAAAUAUUGCAUUGUAAGAAUACAUUUUUUUAAGUUUUAGUUCAGUAUAGGAUCUGUUUUAACAAAGGUUUGCCAAACUGAGGUCUAUAUAUAUUUGUAUUUAUUUUUAAUAAAAGAUAGUCAUGCUACAUAGGGAAAUGUUAUAUAUACUGAAAUUACUCUAGUGAUAACACUAUUAUAAUGUUCAUGUAUUUACUAGAUACACUGAGAGACGAUAUAACAAUAACAAACUUAGUUUGAUGGACAGAACCAAGCUAACACAGGAAAGGCAGUGAGGACCCGCCACAUAAGCUUACAAUCUAAAUAAACUGUGGAUUUCAAAUACCAUCACUCAGGCUCCUGGCUGAGAAUUAUGGCAGCGCACUGACCUACAUCAUCAAGCUUUGCUCAAAGAAUUACCAUUAAUUAAAUCUCAGUCUUUGGCCUUAGGCUAGUUGAAACAGCCUUUGGCCAAUGCAUGUACAACUCGAUCUUAAUUGCCAAAAGUGCUAUUUCAUAGCUGGUCUCACAGUGAUCAGUGAGAUUGGGCUAAUUCUGGAUAUGCUACAAUUGAGUCUUCACACAAAUAUCGUUCAGAAGAUUCCUAAAGUCAUGCCAUUGCUGGGACAGCCAUUGCCAAUGAUAGCAUGCCAUUCACUUGCAGACAUUGCGGAGAUCUAACAUUAUAUGUCCCCGUGGUAAUAAUUGCUGCAUAAACUAUUCUAUUAUUUGAAGUCUCAAUACCAAGGCCUGGUGAAUUUAAAUACCAGUUUCACACCAUGGAAUCGUUGUGACAGCCAGUAACAAUAAUUUUAUGUUGUAAGACAGGACUUAGAAAUUCAAGUCCUAUGUUACUAGCGAGGCUUUGCAAGUUACUCACCAUAGCAAGUCCGAAGAGUCCAUGGCACAUUCAACAGGGGUGAAUUUCUGGCUAAACCAUCAGUUAAAGGGACACUAGUCACCAAAACAACUUAUGACUCAUUAACCAGUUUUUGUGUAUAGAUCAUGCCUCUGCAGUCUCACUGCUCAAUUCACUGCCAUUUAGGAGUUAAGGCACUUUUGUUUAUGCAGUCCUAGCCACACCUCCCCUGCCUGUGUCUCACACAGCCUGCAUGAAAACAAGAUGGUUUCAUUUUCAAUCAGAUGUUGCUUUAAAUGUUUUUAAUCUUCUGCUCUGAUAAUGUAACUCUAAUUGCAUACAGGAUGCUCAAGCAGGGUCUAGCAAGCUAUUAUCAAAACAGGAGAUAAGAAAUCCUUAAUGAAACAGAAUUUGCAAUAAAUGAAGUGUUAACAUUACAUGUCUCUUUACAGGAAGGGUUCAGGAAUGUUGUGAAGUCAAAUGCAGGAAUGUGUGACUAGGGCUGCAUAAACAAAGUGAUUUAACUCCUACAUGGCAGAGAAUUGAGCAGUAAGACUGAAGGGGCGUGAUCAUUCCACCAAAACGGCUUCAUUAAGCUAUAGUUGUUUUGGUGACUAUAGUGUCCUUUUACGGCUUGUCCUCAGUGUGAUUGGCUCUCACAACUCAAGAGUGGAUUGUUAGGGUUAGUAAUUUUUUAUAGCUUUAAAAAUAUAUACAUUUCUAAGGAAAUGUAAUGGUUUAGCAUAUAUACUUAAAGCGGCACUGUCAUGCCAAAUCCUGGUUUGUUUUUUUAACCCCCUCCCGCCUCCACUAUCUCUAAGACACCCUAGUCAUCCCCAAAUGCCCCUAAGGCCCCCACAUUACCUAUUUUUUAAUCUUUAUUUUCUGCUCUGAUCUAUAUUCAGGGCGCCACCAUCUUUGCGGGGGUUGAUGAAGUCCCUGUGGGACACGUCAUCUGCCCACACUAGAUAGACUGUGAGAUUCCCGCACAUGCCCAGUGAAACACUUGGACAUGCGAACAGGAAUUUCAUCUAUUCAUUCAUUCAUCAGACAGACGAAUGAAUGAAUAGAAAUGUCAGACGAACAAACUAACACUGAAUAUCAGUGUUCGUUUGUUCGUUCAGUUUAUUACAAGGAGGGUGCUACCGGCGUGCAGCUCCCUCCUUGUAAUAUGUAAAGACAGAAGCGGCAGGAAGCAGUGCUUCCCGCCACUUCCUAAGCCCCCUCCAUGUACGCCCCCACCAUGUACUCCCUCACUCUAUGGGGGUCAAUAUGAAUAAAAAAUGCAAUAUGACCCCCAUAAUAGCAUAAGGGAGAUUAAAAUCUCCCCAAUGUCCCUACUCGCUAUACCGCGAGUAGGGGCAUGUCCACUAAACAGUGAGCAGCCUGUGGCUGCACACUGAAAAAAAAACAAAAAAAACCCUACUAUCCGGCCCCCACCCCUGCGCGAUGGGUGGAGGCCAUGAAUUACAAUAGGGAGGACAGGGACCUACUGUUCUCUCCCCGGCCCUCACCCCUGGGCGGCAGGUGGGGGGCCAUAAUGAUAAUGAGGGGGGGACCUACUGUCCUCCCCCCCAGGCCCCCACCCCUGGCGGCAGGUGAAGGCCAUAAUGAUAAUGAGGGUGGAGGACCUACUGUCUUCCCCCCAGGUCCCCACCCCUGGGUGGCGGGUGGGGGCUCUAAGUCAAAUUCCCCCCCCCCAUCAAAGGUGACUAGGGGUCCCCAAGCCCCUAGUCACCCACCCAUAUAAAAAGUCCCCUACCUACCCCCCUCACCUUAAAAAAUAGUGAGGGGGGAAUAAAAUUACUAACCUGUAAAGUAAAAUUAAACUUACCAUUCAACGUCUUCAUUUUUCUAAAAUCUUCAUUUUUCAGCCCCAAAAAAGGCCAAAUAAAAAACCAUCAUACCCGUUGAACUUAAAAUAAAAUAAAAACCUGAGCACAAAGAUUAGUGUUUCAAAACAGUAGAAUGUAUUACAACGAUGAUAUCGCCAGUAAAAGUGAAGUUUUUUGACUUUUUCAUGCACAAACAGCACUUACACGGACGAUAUUAUUGCUGUGAUACUUUUUGCUGUUUUGAAACACAAAUAUUUGUGUUCAGCGAAGUCUCCCGAGUACAACAGUACCUCUCAUGUACAGAUUUUAUAGUGUUUUCAAAAGUUACAGCGUCAAAUAUAAGGCUUGCGUUUCAUUUUUUUCACAUUAAAAUUCGCCACAUUGGUUACGGUGCCUUUGAGACCCUAUGAUAGCCUAAGAAUGAAAAUUACCCCUAUGAUGGCAUACCAUUUGCAAUAGUAGACAACCCAAGGUAUUGCAAACUGGGGAAUGUCCAGUCUUUUUUAGUAGCCACUUAGUCACAAACACUGGCCAAAAUUGGCGGUUUUUGCUUUUUUCACACAAACAAAUACUAACGCUAACUUUGGCUUAGUAUACCCCAUUUGCAAUACCUUGGGUUGUCUACUAUUGCAAAUGGUAUGCCAUUAUGGGUGUAAAUUUCUUUCCUGGGCUACUAUACAGUCUCAAAGGCAACGUAACCAAUCUGGCGAAUUUCAAUUUCAAAUGUAACGUGCUAUAUUUGACCCUGUAACUUCCCAAACCGCCAUAAAACCUGUACAUAGGGGGUACUGUUUUACACGUGAGACUUUACUGAAUACAAAUGAGUAUUUUAUUGCAGUAAAAGCAAACAGUAUUAUGACAUUGACAGUUAAAAUGUCAUGUAGAACUAAAAAAAAUUUAAAAAAUCUUAUUUUCUCCCAUUUUUUUCAUAUUAAAUUAUGUUUCAUAGCUAAAUAUUUGCUAUUAAAUGAAAGCCUGGUUUCCCCUGAAUAAAAUGAUAUAUAAUAAGGGUGGGUGCAUUUACUAUGAAAGAGGUGUAUUACGGUUGGACAGACAUGUAGCGCAAAUGCCAGGUUUUGUUUACAUUUUGUUUCAUUCACAACGUGUACAUUUGGCUCAGUCCUUAAGGGGUUAAAAGACAUUUUGUAAACAGCGCUGGAUAAAAAGCAAGGCUGGAAAGUAGAAUCAAGAAAUUGCAUAAUGAUAGGGUGGAAACCAAUAAAGAGAGAAACAGACAGAGUCAAAGUGGAAAUGACGUGCUAUAUAUCAAGAAAAUGUAACUAAAAAUAACUGCAAACCUGGAACCGAAUAGUAUCAUAGCAAUACUAUAUGAUGUAAAUAGUCCAAAACCAUGGAAUGAAGCACACAUGAUGGUUUUUGAUCAGUCUAUCACUUUCAGAUUUUUUUUCUCUUCUUUUUUUUAAUUUACAUUAUUUCUCUAUUUUCUAUUCACAUUUUUAUGAACUACUUUAAUUAUAUAGUUGUUUAUAAAAAAAAAUAGUAUCCAUUAAAUAUUAAAAAUGUGAAAAAAAUGUAGAUGAUCUAAUGGUAUAUUGAGAAUGAUCAAUUUUACAUGUAUAACAAAAAAAUGACUGCAACAUAUUGACAACUGGAAUGUUACAAUACGCCACAACCACUAAACAGACUCUGGAAGCUAAUAAACUACUUUGAUUUGUCCAGUGAAUCAGAUUCUGUUUAUUGACAAUGCUUUUAGCAUAAAAAGCUGUUUGCUUUUCAUUAGAUCCUUGCAAACGAUUCCACCAUUAUACCCCAUGCCAGUCCUUUCUGCUUAUACUUAAUCUGCAGUUAUCUUUUUUUUUUUAUUAUAAUUUUUUUUUAAUUAAUAGUUUUAUUGAAGUUUUUUCAAAAGAAGAAGAAAAAGUGCAAAAAAGCCCACAAAAAUUAUGUUUUAAGACCAGAACAAGAGGCACUAAUAAAUUAAUAAAACGAGGGACAGAGCCAGGUCUCAAGGUGGCGCAUUCUUGAUAUAUAAGGUUAUGUGCGGUUUGGAAGAGUGGCAAGUCUAUAUACUCUAUGUUUAAGAGCACCACCUUUGGCUUCUGGAGUUAGGGUCACAUUAAGUCAAUGUGGGACUACCAUAAAGGCCUGAUCUCUUAGGCCAGCAAAGCCUAAGCAAGGAUGAACCUUAAGUAAUCUGGAGGGAUUAAUAUACCAUUACCACAACACCAUGUAACAAUUAGAAUUAUUCUCUUUUUAACCACAUGCUGACAUGACUAAAAUCUACAGCAAUGUUCAGUUAGUAAGAUUUUUUUUUUUUUUUGCUUUAUUUAAAGAUUUAUAAUUGAUACUGUUCAAAAGCAUCAAUGAAGUAUCACAGGUAAAUACAUUUUGGAAGGUCACCAAAAAAUCAAGUUCAAUAUCUCUCCCCAGUGCGCAAGAUAAAAUAUCCAAAAAAAACGACAACUACAGACAAUCCAGUUUUACCUCUGGAUGAGGUCAAUAGCUAGUCAUUACACACAGCAUCGUCCAUGUAACGCAAUCAUCCCAAAUUUGCUCCAUUAAUGUCCAUCAGACAAGCAUAUUACACUGCUUGGCAAACACAGCAGAUGGCCAACUGUUCUAUCACAAUGAGUGAUGACUGAAGAUGAACCAUAAAAAAUUAUUAUCUCCCCACGCAGUUCAAGAAUAUUUCUGUUUCUAAAGUCAAUAUAACACGUAGUCAGAGAGAAAUGUUACAAGGUAUUAUCAAACUGCUUACAACACAAGAGCGUCCUAUAACGACUACAGUCUAAUUUUGCAUGAAAAUUAUAUUUUGGGGCGGAGAGUCAUGAGGUUAUUGAUGGUGUGAAAUUUAACAAACAAAUAACCUCAUAAUUGCCCCCACGCAUUUUGAAGAAAUUAUACACUGCAAAUGAAAUAGCAAUUUAGAAACAUACGGCAAAUAAAAUCAGCUUUCUGUAGGUACAACACAUUUAGUUACCUAGCUGAAAAGAGACAUGUAUCUAUCAAGUGCAGCCUCACAUCUGUUUUUGCUGUUGAUCCAAAAGAAGGUUAAAAAAAAAAAACAAUUUGCAACAAACUAGAAAAAUAAAUUCCUUCUUGACCCCUGAGAGGCAGUAAGAUAUCUCCUCGGAUCAAGAAGCUAUUACCCCACAAUUUAAAAAUGAUAUCCCUGAAUAUUACCCUUUUGCAAGUACUCAUCCAGUUGCAGUUUAAACAUCUGUACAGACUCUGAUAAAACCAACUCUUCAGGCUGAUAAUUCCAAAUCCUUACUGUUCUUAUUGUAAAAAAAAAAACCUUCCCGUGCCUUAGACUAAAUCACCUUUCGUCCAGUUUAAAUGUGUGACCUUGUGUCCUAUGUAUAGUCCUGUUUAUGAAUAGAUUUCCAAACAAUGGUUUGUAUUGGCCCCGAAUAUAUUUGUACAAUGCUUUCAAAUACCCUCUGAGGCAUUUAUAAUAAAUCGAAUGUAUUAAAUCCAACGUUACUUGACUUACAGUCUCCCUUUUUCCUUUCGCUUUCAGAGAAAAUCAGAUAUCCAAAAAUACAUAUAGGACAAGAACACAUUUUAGAGAUUAUACUAAAAUUAGCUUUUUCUCUACAAACAUUUACACAAUGUUAAGUGACAUGCAGCUUCCCCCCAAAAAUCCUAUUUUGAACAUAUGCUCAUAGUUGCAUUAAACAGGACUAUGUAUUUUUCAAAUCAUGAGUAAAUCAACAGAAUUAAUGUUUAACAUGGUCCAAACCAGUGUUAAUUUUGUCGACUAAAAUGUUUGAGAUUUAUCGACUAAAACUAAAACAAUUCAGAUUACUAAAACACGAUUAAACCUAAAAUGGCUUUGUAGUCAGACUAUGAAUAAAACUAAAUUGAAAUUUGGCGCCAAAAUUAACACUGGUCCAAACAACAAAUUUUAUUCUGAGGAGAAAUUUUUUCCUUAAUAAAUCUUAAAAACUUUUCUAUCAAGUAUAAUGCACAAGGAAAGAUUUAAAAAAAAAGUGCUUACCUGUGACAAUGCACUGUCUGGGUCCUCGGGAUCCUAAAAAUAAAAAUAAAUGGAAACAAUUACAGUGGUUUUAAUUGUGCAAUUCAAAUAAUAGCCGCCAUAACAAACAAUAUAUGUUACCCAACAAUCCAGUGUAAAUAGGAUGCUACUACAUUAAAAAUCUCAAAAACAAAUAGUACAGGGUGUUACUGGGUUCAAAACGUACAUGCAAAAAUAGGCUAAAAUAUGAAUAUUUAGGGGGGAAAAGUACAUAUACCUUCUGCGGUUUCAUUGUAAAAAUGUUUGCCCAUCAAACACUUUUUUAUGGCCUUUAGUAAGACAAUAAAUAAAAUACCGCUAUUUGACAGCCUCAGAACCAGUAAUUCAUCAUGUAUGGCCUGCAGACCACUGGAGAUCACCUUGAGGUUAUCGGUCAAACAGCAGUUUUAGAGUUUUCUGUUAUAAUUGAACAAUUUCAUCACAACUACCCCCUCAAAAAUAAAAUAAUAAAUAAGCAAGGAAGCAAUAAGCGAAUAUCUAAAAUCAAGAACCUGUUUUCAUUUCAAGUCCAAAGCAGAGGAGAUAGGUGAAAUCAAAAAUAGGUAAAUCGGUAAAACCUCCCAACAUUUCAUAUAGAUAAAUAGGGACACUUUGAUUUUAGGGGUGUGAAUGGGGGUUUGGUCAGGGGUGGGGUUUUGAGAAAUGUUAGGCGACUUACUACUAAUUUAUGCAACAAAAAUUUAAUUUAGAACAAAAGUAAUGUAUUUUAAUUUGCAAAUUAUUUACACAGAAUGAUGUCUAAACACAUUUAUUGUGGUUUAAAGACACGUUACUGGGAGUAUGAUAGCUGUGGAGCUCUGUUUUACACUCAGACACAACAAUAAUGCUUCGAGAACAUGUUAUCCAGCUACCACUCACUCAGAGCUGUCCUGAGUACUGCCAUGAUCAAUGCUUUUUUUAUAGCUCAGAAUACUUUGUCAAGAUCUUAAAAAAGUAUUAUGUGCAAUACAAAACAAAAGAUCUUGACAAAGUAUUCAGAGCAAUAAGAAAUGCAUUGAUUGUGACAUUAUUUGGCCUUUUCCUAGGAGUGACUGAGUGGUGGCUUGAUAAUAUAUUCACAAAGCAUGUAAAAAGGAAAUAUAUUGUUUGUAAGCCCUGGGGGGUGAAUAAAACAUUUUAUUUUAUAUAUUUACCAAGUGCUUUAUACAAUGAAUUAAAGGAACACUAUAGUCACCUAAACUACUUUAGCUAAAUAAAGCUGUUUUAGUGUAUAGAUCAUUCCCCUGCAAUUUCACUGCUCAAUUCACUGUCAUUUAGGAGUUAAAUCACUUUGUUUCUGUUUAUGCAGCCCUAGCCACACCUCCCCUGGCUAUGAUUGACAGAGCCUGCAUGAAAAAAAAAACUGGUUUCACUUUCAAACAGAUGUAAUUUACUUUAAAUAAUUGUAUCUCAAUCUCUAAAUUGAACUUUAAUCACAUACAGGAGGCUCUUGCAGGGUCUAGCAAGCUAUUAACAUAGCAGGGGAUAAGAAAAUCUUAAUUAAACAGAACUUGCAAUAAAGAAAGCCUAAAUAGGGCUCUCUUUACAGGAAGUGUUUAUGGAAGGCUGUGCAAGUCACAUGCAGGGAGGUGUGACUAGGGUUCAUAAACAAAGGGAUUUAACUCCUAAAUGGCAGAGGAUUGAGCAGUGAGGUUGCAGGGGCAUGUUCUAUACACCAAAACUGCUUCAUUAAGCUAAAAUUGUUCAGGUGACUAUAGUGUCCCUUUAAAACAGGUUCCUGAUCACACAUUUGUUUUUCUGCAUUAAUGCUGCCCCUUUUUUGGACAAUGCUAAAGAUGGCCAUUUCUGGGAAACUGAUAAAUUUACAUUUGUCCAAGAACAGGUCUCUAGUGGCUGCCUGACUUUCAGUAGUGCACUUUUAGUAGUUUCACACACACACAGCAUAGUUUACAUGCGACGCAGCUCUUUAUGUUCUAGAUACAAAAGGUAGUUUUAUUUCAGUCAGAGUUCUUUUCAUUGUCAAUGUUCUUCCAUUUCUUAACGCAACUGGACUUUUUCAUGGUACAAAUCUUUGUUUCUAUUAACAGGUCAAUAAGUCACUGACCCAACUCAGGAUAUAUUACCAGCUAUGGACCAUCCUUACAUGUCGGGGCUGUUGUACCCAAGUCAACAUCUGGGGCCUAAUGCAGACAUAGAAGAAAUCAUUGCUUCUCAAAACAUUAUUUCCAGAGUCAUGCACAGUUACUUUGGUGUACUGGUUCCUCUCGGUUUUUUGGCUGGUAUUGUCAGUGUGGUAACUAUUAUCUGGAAUAAAGUGAAGCAUCAAACUAUGGGACACCUUGACUUCUAUCUUCUGAACUUGUCAAUUACGGACCUGACAAUCAUCCUGUAUUCGUUUACUGCCAUUACAAGACCAAACUACAUGAAUAUAACCAAUCUAAGUUGCGGUGUCCUUGCCACUUUCUUCAACCUGAGUUAUUUCUACUCUCAGAUCCUAUUGCUCCUGAUGUUGCUGCUGCUAGUCUUUGUGAACGAAUCCAACACAAACUCAUUGGUGGCAAAGGCUACUCAACAUCGCAAAGUGUGUGCGUGCAUCAUGUUACUUAUCUCAUUAAUUUUGUCCAAGCUGGUAGUAUCACAGCUAGGAACAUACAAGGAUUUAAACAGUACAAUCCACUGUCAAUUAGACCCAUUAAAUGCACAGCCAGAAUACGACUUUGUGAAAUUCUCUCUUGGGUUUUGCCUCCCAUCUUUCUUGAUUCUAAUAUUAUUUGUGAUGCUUCUUGUUCGGCUUGUAACAGGAGUUUCAGGUGUAAAGGAGAGAGUGAAGGAGCAAGUGGUUGUUCUGCUUAAUAUUUCAGUAGUGUUUGCAGUCCGCUUGUUCUACAACAUCAUGCUCAUACGGAGGACACAGCUAAAACUUCAAGGUGUCUACUUGCAUCCAAGAGAGGAACUCAUCUUGAACAUUGCAGAGCUGGUUCUCUUCUCUGGUAGCUGUUUAGGUCUGAUGUCAAUACCAACCUUGUACAAGCCUUGCAGGAUUCGGGUCUGGGGAGCCCUUCAAUUUAUUAAAAAGAAAUGUGGUGGAACGCAAACAUCGAUGAGUGUUGAAAUGAAAUGAAUCACAACCUAGACUUUUGUCUAGUUCAGGGGUUAACAAAUGUUUGCAGGAUUUAGGAGCAAGCCAUGUAGAUAUAAUUCAGAUCUAUCCUGCUUUGUUUCAUGAACCAGAGAACAAAUGUAUUUGCAGAUAUUUAUAUAUGAUAUUCAAAUUAAUCAGAUUCAGUGAGCUAAAUUUAAUGGAACCAUGGAUCAUGAGGUUCGUCAAGCCCUUGUCUAUCUGAAAAUUCCAAAAGCAUCAUAUGCCAGUAUUAAGAUAUCUUUCAAAUUGUUGUCUGCAAUUUUCUUCAUAGACACCAUUACAUUUCCUGUGUUAAACCAUUACACUGGCCAUAUGUUGGCUGAAAUGUAACAGUUUAGUUGCCUUCACAACGGAGGACGGAUGUAAAAAAGUGCUGUAUCUAAAAAAAUAAAUAGGAUUCUGCACUUUUCCUAUAAUCACACCAAAUCUAGACGGGACUAGCAUACCCCUCUAGGACAAUCCAAAGUACAAAUGGUCCAGGCACUCAAGGGUAUGAUCAGGCAUUUUUAAUGAAACAUAGUGCAUAUUUCAAGCAGCAACAUUUGACCUCAUACUGAGGUCUUCAUCAAGCCUGAUUACCAUAUAUAAUCGAGAAUAAGACAAGUUUUUCGGCACAUUUUUUGUGCUCAAAACCCCCCACUUGUCUUACACUCGAGUUAAUGUCUGUAUUAUGGCAACUUACAUUGCUAUAAUACAGACCAGGACCGCCGGGCUCAUUACAAGCCCGGCGGUCCUGUUGGGGGCUGGCAGCGAGCUGUAACUUACCUUUCCUGCAGCUCCUGUCAGCUCCCUUCUCUCUCCUCAUGUAAGCUCCCCUGUCAGCUCCCUUGCAAGUCUCGCGAGAGCCGCGGGGUCAGAGCAUUGCCACUAGUUACCGUGGCAAUGCUCCACACGGCAGUCACACCGGGAGACUUACAAGGGAGCUGAUAGGGGAGCUGACCGGACCGGAGGAGAGAGAAGGGAGCUGACAGGAGCUGCAGGAAAGGUAAGUAAACACUUCCUGCCAGCCCCCCUCCUACACAGCCCAUCCACUGGACCACCAGGGAG